UAAUGAAUUCUGGUAGUCUUUUAAAGAUUGAAUUAUAUGAUUUUAUUUUGGCUAAUAAUAGUAUUGAAGAAAAAGACGAGUUAGAAUUUAAUAAAGAUUAUAAUAAUGACUAUAAAGAUCAUAGUAUCAAUGAUUAG